GAGACAGUUUCUCUGUGUAGCCCUAGCUGUUCUGGAACUCUCUGUAUAUCAGGCCUCCGUUGCCUCCUGAGAGCUGGGGAACAAUGGGUCAUUAGCUUCAGUGCCCAGGUGCCCAUAGCGUCCUGCUGUUCACAUACAUCUAUCACAGUGCUUCUGGGAGUGGUGGGCACUCAGUGUUUGCCACAGUCUUAAAUGAUCAGUAGGUGGCAGAGGGGCAUUUUGAGACUGAGGUCUUGGCAGUUUGGGGCCCAGGCACUGGGGAUGCCACGCUUGAGACUGGUCUCUGGUCCCGAUCCCAGGCAGGGGACCGGACAGUAGAAGGGUAAAAAAAUUUGUCAGUUCACAGUCUCAACCUUGUAUGUUAUGGGAGCUCAACUAAUAGUGGAUAGCCGGUGGGUGCUGGUUGAUGUGUGGAACAUAUUAGAAAUGCUUAAAUUAAACCUUGGAGCAGUUUGCUGUGCCUGAGUCAGCAACUCCGGUUUUGUUCCAGCAGUGAAAAUGAAGCAUCUUCUUUGGGUGGAGGAGGAAGGUCUUGGCUGAUAUGAAAGGUUACCGUCUUUCUCACCCUUUGUGAGAACCUGGCAGUUUUAGGUUAGAACAGAAGUGGCACAGAUAGACUGGGAAUAACACUGGCACUAAGUCUGGCGUCUGGGAGGGGAAGGAGCAAUGGAUUUCAUCCGAUUCUUGAGGCUGAGACCCAAAAUAGUACAUUGACUUGGAGGUGGAAGUUUCUGGAAAGAAACAAACCUGACCGUUCCUCUGUUGCUCCACGUCACCAUACUUGCUCCACGUCACCAUACUGAUAGCCACUACCGUGUUUGCCCAUCACUGUGCUGCAGCCGUAGUGUUUGUUUUCCUUUUUGGCGUUUGUCUUUUCCAGGCUAGACUGCAGUAUGGCCCUAUGCCCUGUUAGCCAGGCUGUGAUUGCCGUGACCGGGAGGGUGCAUAUGUGCACUGCAAAGGUGCAGUGACUGUGGUCACUGAUCCUUUUGACUUAAUUGGCGUGUUUAGGGAGAGCGGCUAGCAGGGCAGACACAGAUAGGACAACCUUUGUUCAGAGUUGGACAUAAAGCCUUACCCUUGGUGACUUCAGUCCACCUGCUUCUGCAUCCCAGGCCCGUUCAAGUUCUAGCUCACGACAAACACAACAGUCUUUUUGAAGUAGUGUGAUCUCAGGAGAUCAGGCUGCCUAGCCAGGCUGCAGAAAACCUGUAACACGUUCCAGGCGGGGUCAGCCACAGCGAGCUGUUCUUUCUUUGGAGGGGGAAACCUAGUGAUCCUGAUAGGCUAAUAGCCUAAUCUCCACUAACCCCUGCAGUCCCUGCCUGCCCACUCCUCCCCUCCCCUCCCCCAUUCAUCUUCCUUCUUUGACUUGCGCCUGAGCCUUCUCCAGCCUGGAAACCUUACUCCCGCCCCCUUUCGUGGCCCCAGCUUCAGCUCAGGGCUCUUUGUCACAGCUCCGCCCACUUAGGCACACCCUCUAGGAAAGGUUCCUCCGUUCCCUCGCCACUCACUCUGGGUCUAAGCAGAUCGGGAUGAACCAUCAAAAAGCCGGGGUCCUCCCCGAUGGGCACUGUUACACAUCCCUGGGGAUGUGGGCCUCAGAGGCUGGCUGCGUGGGACUUUCUGUGCCACCCUCUAUCAGGAAUCCAGCCAUGUCGAACGAGGCCAGAAGAAGUGGCAGCCCCAGCCCCCGAUCUGAGGGCAGCAGCAGUGGCAGCGAGAGUUCCAAGGACAGUUCCAGAUGUUCCACCCCCAGCCUGGACCCGGACCGGCACGAGAGACUGCGGGAGAAGAUGAGACGCAGAAUGGACUCUGGUGACAAGUGGUUCUCCCUGGAGUUCUUCCCUCCUCGGACAGCUGAGGGAGCUGUUAACCUCAUCUCGAGGUUUGACCGGAUGGCAGCAGGGGGCCCCCUCUUCGUGGAUGUCACCUGGCACCCAGCUGGAGACCCUGGCUCAGACAAGGAGACCUCAUCUAUGAUGAUUGCCAGCACAGCACUGAACUACUGUGGCUUGGAAACCAUCCUGCACAUGACCUGCUGCCAGCAGCGCCAGGAGGAGAUCUCAGGCCACCUGCACAGAGCCAAGCAGCUCGGCCUGAAGAAUAUAAUGGCGCUGAGGGGAGACCCUGUAGGUGACCACUGGGAAGCAGAGGAAGGAGGCUUCAGCUAUGCCACAGACCUGGUGAAGCACAUCCGGAACGAGUUUGGAGACUAUUUUGACAUCUGUGUGGCAGGUUACCCCAAAGGCCACCCGGAUGCAGAGAGCUUCGAGGAUGACCUGAAGCACCUGAAGGAGAAGGUAUCAGCAGGCGCCGACUUUAUCAUCACUCAGCUCUUCUUUGAGGCCAGCUCCUUCUUCAGCUUCGUGAAGGCCUGCGAAGACAUAGGCAUCUCCUGCCCUAUCCUGCCUGGGAUCUUCCCUAUCCAGGGCUACACCUCCCUUCGGCAGCUUGUAAAACUGUCCAAGCUGGAGGUACCACAGACGAUCAAGGAUGUGAUCGAGCCGAUCAAAGACAACGAUGCUGCCAUCCGCAACUACGGCAUUGAGCUGGCUGUGAACUUGUGCCGGGAACUGCUGGACAGUGGCUUGGUGCCGGGCCUCCACUUCUACACUCUCAACCGCGAGGUGGCCACCAUGGAAGUGCUGAAGCAACUGGGCAUGUGGACCGAGGACCCCAGGCGUCCCCUGCCCUGGGCUGUCAGUGCGCACCCCAAGCGCAGGGAGGAAGAUGUGCGUCCCAUCUUCUGGGCCUCCAGACCAAAAAGCUACAUCUACCGCACACAGGGCUGGGAUGAGUUUCCCAAUGGCCGCUGGGGUAAUUCUUCCUCACCAGCCUUCGGGGAGCUGAAAGACUACUACCUCUUCUACCUGAAAAGCAAGUCCCCCAGGGAGGAGCUGCUCAAGAUGUGGGGUGAGGAGCUCACCAGCGAAGAGAGUGUCUUUGAGGUCUUUGAGCACUACCUCUCAGGAGAGCCGAAUCGCCAUGGCUACAGAGUUACCUGCCUGCCCUGGAACGAUGAGCCCCUGGCGGCGGAAACCAGCCUGAUGAAGGAGGAGCUGCUCCGCGUGAACAGGCUGGGCAUCCUCACCAUCAACUCCCAGCCCAACAUCAACGGAAAGCCGUCCUCAGACCCUGUUGUAGGCUGGGGCCCCAGUGGGGGCUAUGUCUUCCAGAAGGCCUACCUCGAGUUCUUCACCUCCCGAGAAACCGUGGAGGCUCUUCUGCAAGUGUUGAAGACGUAUGAGUUGCGAGUCAAUUACCACAUCGUGGACGUGAAGGGAGAGAACAUCACUAAUGCCCCUGAGCUGCAGCCCAACGCUGUCACGUGGGGCAUCUUCCCUGGCCGUGAGAUCGUCCAGCCCACUGUGGUGGAUCCCAUCAGCUUCAUGUUCUGGAAGGAUGAGGCCUUUGCCCUGUGGAUCGAGCAGUGGGGCAAGUUAUACGAGGAGGAGUCCCCGUCCCGCAUGAUCAUCCAGUACAUCCACGACAACUACUUCCUGGUCAACCUGGUGGACAACGAGUUCUUGCUGGACAACUGCCUGUGGCAGGUGGUAGAGGACACGUUUGAGCUUCUCAACAGGCACACCACGAAGAAAGAGGCACAGGCUCCGUGAGGCUGCGUCCGGUAUCGUCCUCUCCCGGAGGCCCCUCUCUCCCUCAUCUCUCUACACAUGGUAUUGGCAGCUAGACUGGCAGGAAGCAUCCAGGCUCUGGCUGGACCUCAGAUGUCCCAUCGAGGAGGCUGAUGCUCUCUGCUCAAGCCCAGAGCCCAUGUUCUUGCAGUGGCAAGGGCCCCCAUCCUCAACGGGAGGUUGCCAAGCACCAAGGCAGCCUCUAGGGGGUGACCUUUGUUCUGGGGUCUAUGUGAGACAGGCAGAGGCACUUGUACUAAAGGAGGUAGGAGGAGAUGUGCCAAGGUGGGUACAGAAACCUCCCCCUGCUCAGCGGACCAGGCCAAAGAGUGCAGGAGGUCUGUCUCUUCCAUGGGGCUCAGAAGGUUGUCUAGUCUGUGGCUGGGAAGAAAGUGCCCCUUAAGGGUUAAAGGCAUUCUGUCCUCAGUGGAGGCAUCCUCUUGGCCUUGUUUUAUGUCCUCUUAAUGAGAUUCACCUGGGCAGGGCUCCCCCACUCUGCCUGUGGCGGUGUGCAGCCCACUCCCUGCCUUCUGAGCAGACUCCUGCCAGCUGCUGCCUUCUCUGUUUGGCCUAGACUAGGAGCUGUCCCUGGCACUCCUCCCCAGUCAGCCUUCAGGCCUCGCUGCCUGGGGCAGUGACUGGCAGGUACAGAUGGCUGCUUCUGAGGCGGGGCUCCCAGCCUGCUGGUCUUUUGAGUCAGGGAAGGGGAGGAGGCUGUCCUUAGGUAGAGCAGGGGCUCGACCCUCCCUCCCCCUGUCUCCCAGGCCUACACAACUGCAGUGCUGAGCCGACUCCUCCAACUGUGGGCCUGUUCCCUCCCUCGGAAGGCCAGGCCUGGUUCUGCUUAUUCCUCAGGAACAUUUCAUAGCUGCUGUUGGGCCCUACUCACCGCACACCUGUGCCGUCUGGCCCGGCCACUGCCAACUGUCUCCAGGGGCACAGGCUUGUGGACUCUCUGGUGCUGCUUUUCAGAGGCCUGGAAGCUGGGCAGAACAAGAAAUGCCACUUGACUCUGGCUCCCCCAGGGCCUGUACUGGGCCUGUCACCUCAGCCACGUUCUGUGUGUCCCUGGCAGCCAGCCCACCCUGUCUCUACCCAAAAAUCCAGGCUCAGAAUAGACUGGACUUGUGACCUGGGAAGCUAUGCCCAGUGACCUGCCAAUAAGACUCGUGUGCUGGGGGUUGGGGAUUUAGCUCAGUGGUAGAGCGCUUGCCUAGGAAGCGCAAGGCCCUGGGUUCAGUCCCCAGCUCCGAAAAAAAGAACCAAAAAAAAAAAAAGUAAGACUCGUGUGCUGGACCUGGGCCUACAGGGACCAGCAUGGUGAGCCACCGCCACAAACAGCCUGGUUCUCAGACUGAGUGAAAUUGACACUGGGCAGGGCUGAAGGCCAUAGUCAAGGGCUCUCAUGUCCUGUACUCUGUAACCAGUAGCCAACUCAACUGCAUGAGGAAACCCCACAGUGGUGAGCAGGGACACCCCACCCCUCCCAGGACAGCCUGCAGGUGACACUGGUUUUGGAAGACUGUCUGGGUGACACGAGAUAAAGUCACCUGGAGAAAGACACAGCUGCCUUCUCUUUGGAGUAGCAGCUGUUGAGCCACCCAGAACUGAAGGACCUUUUCCCACCAUGUCCUCUACGCCAGUUCUGGCUGCCAUUGUCUAAGCUACAGAGAGUGGAUAGAAAAGACCCUCUACCAUCCUGUCAGCCUGGCCCUCUACUGCCACUCCAGGGGCCAUCGCUAAGAACCGUUAACAGAUGAGGAGGCCUGGCCCAUCCCUGAGGCUUUGGGCAUGAGAUGCAGUUAGCGUCUCCAGUUAGCCAAGGUUAGGUACAAUGAAUGGGAAGUUGCUCCCAGGGCCGCUGCUUGGUAGAGAGGAACUGAGCCUACCGACCUGACCAAGACAGCUGCUCCACCCAGUGAACAUCCACCCAGCCCUGCCAUGCCCUUGCCAGGCUCCAGGCCUGCUGGGAACCCAGCGAGGGUAAAGAGCAAGAGCCCCAGGGCCUUCCUGCCAGAGUUGAAAGCCAGUGGCCUGAGUGGACUGACCACCCCUCCCCAUGCACAGGAUCGUGACCCUGCCCCAGUCACCUUUGAAGAGCCUUGCCUUGGCCCUCCAAGGAUCUGAUCUCAGAGCUACAGAGCUCACCUCAUCCUGUAGGGGGCCAUCGGAGGGCCUAUGCAGGCAGUGGCUGCCAGAACUGGAGGGUUGGGCAGAGGGGUUUCUCUGUGUCACCUGGAAAGGAGAAUUGGGUCAGGAGAGGAUGAUGCCUUGAUUUAGGAGAACAGAAGCUCCCCUCAAGUCUCCAGGCUGUGGGCUGGCCCAAGGGACUAAUAGGAAAAGAAGGGACUUCUCCAAACAGCUGGGGCAUUCGAGAAGAGAUGGACAGGGCAUUGUUUCACAGGGUUUGACCUGAGGGCUGAGACCCAAGGACCCAGCUUCUUAUUCAAAGCCCAGGAUGGGUCUUCUGUAGGCCUCUUCCACACGCCCAUGUCAGGCUGGGCAGCACAUUCUUUACAACAGGUGACCAGUAGCUGUGAGUCUGAAGGAUCAACUGCAGUGGGCUUGAGCCUACUCACCAAGAGGGAGUCCUGCCUGCCUCCUGCCAGAGCAGGCUCCCACCCGUGUGCAUAAUGGGGUGCUUCACCUGAUACUGAGGAGUCCCAAGACCCCCAUAUGUGGCACUACUCUCCCUGACUCCCCCUCCCCCAGUUGACUGAAGGCAUUAAGCAGAGGCUGGCCCAGUAAGAGCCGCCCUGUGGUGGAGCUCAGGCCAGCCCUGAGACUGAUGUUGUGCUCCUGAGUUAAGCUUUAGGAUGUCGCUGAAGCCUUGCCUCUCACAUAGGGCCUGACCCCAAAGUCUGGGCUCCCAACUAAUGCAACAGACGGAGGGGACUCCCAGCCGCCACAGAAUGGCUCACCACCUGCACAUGUUGCCAGGGAGAGGUUACCUGGGCGUGUGUGUGCCUGCGAUGAAGAGCAGGACCCUGGGUACCAUUCUCAGUGUCUGCUGUGUUUCUAGAAACCUCAGUUUAUCAGCGUAUCAGCCUUGCCUUCACUAAGAAGAAGAGAGUGAAAGUAUAUAUACUGUUAAAAGGUGGUAGUGUACUAGUGAAAUUUUCACAAGGUUGAGGCAGGAGGACCAGAGGCUGACUCAUGAGCUUGAAGCCACCUGGGCUAUACAAGAUGGGUCAAAGCCUGGAACAUCAAGUCAAUCCACAAGUCUACAGGGGGAUUCUGAAACCCAGCAAUGCUAGUCUUGCGAUUCCAUUUCAAAGGCAAAGCCACUGUGAUGAGUUUUUAUGCUCUUUCCAAAGUCUGUUCCUUCUGGCAGUCUGAAGCAAGACUCUUGGUGACGCCAAAUUGUCCUUAGGAACACUGUGUAGCCUGUCAGGAUCUCGGGUCCUCUGGUUACGUCUCCAGACGUCCAGGUGGUACUGUUUCCUGCACCUGGCAUUGUGAUUCUCUUCCCUCCUAUAGGCCAUCAGCCUCUCACUGUUGUGUCAAAGCUAAGGACUUCCGGUCUGAAGGUGACAUUUUUGUACAAAAAAAGCCAAAACAAAACCCUACUUUCUACUUUAUUUUCUGUAAUGAGCACAUUUCAUUUUUCCAAAAUAAAAAAUUAAAAAAUAAA